AUCAAAAAGGUCGAAAACUAAAACAUGCUUUAUAGUGCCGUUAAUCCCGACGACUGCCGGAAGAUCUCUUGCUGCUCAAGCGCCAAAGAGAUGUUGGACAAGCUUGAGGUAACGUACGAAGGUACAGAUCAAGUACGAGAAGGAAAAAUAGAUUUUCUCACCCAAGAGUAUGAGAUGUUCAGAAUGAUGGAAGGUGAGAAGAUCAAUGAUAUGUUAGAUCGCAUCUCUAAGAUCAUCAAUGAUCUUCAUGCGUUGAAGAAAAUAUAUUCCAAAAAGGACCUAGUGAGGAAGAUCCUGCAAAGCAUGACUCCCGAGUGGCGCUCAAAGGUCGAUGCCAUUUACGAGUCAAUUGGCAUUUCCAAUGUCACCAUCGAUGGACUAAGAGGGAAGAAGCACGACGGUCCCCCGAAGUGCUAUGGAUGUGGCGAGAUUGGCCAUAUCAAGCCAAGAUGUCCAAAAGCCAAGAACGGCAAGGACAAGAACGACUUCAAGAAGCAAAGAGCGUACAUUUCUUGGGGUGGUGAUUCCGGCGAUGAGUCAACCGACCAAGAGGAACAUGAGGCUGCAAAUCUUUGCCUCAUGGCACAUGAAGAAGCAAACGAAGACGUGCAAGAGGAGAUAUGGCCAAAAUACCGGGACUGCGCCAGUGGUGGCGAGCUCCUCGGGUUGGCUAUGUUUCCUCACCAUAUCCAUGUUGUUUCAUUCCAAACACUCACCAUAAACUCUCUAACAAUUAUUAGGAACAUCCGGAAGGUAUCGUAGAGAAGGUUCGGUGUUGGAAUAUUGAAGUUAAUGAGUUAAUCGUCGGAACCGUUGUUCACCGGAGUAUUCAAAAAUUCUGGACAGCAACGUUCCCUUGACUUCAGGUCCGAUUUACGCUAUCUUACAUCUGUUAACUCGAAAUACUUUCUAUACGAAAGUUAUAGCUUUACAUCUUAGGAAUCCACAAAAUCAAACGGUUUGCGAUUC